CAGUCCUUUUCUAGUUUCUGUUAACAAUAGCUUUUGUCAUAUGAGCAUUUCAAAAAAAACCCAAAAAAAUGAAAUAAAAAUUCCUCAUAAUAUUACAUCUUCCCUCUAAAUCCUCUCCUUGUGGCUGUCCAACCUCUUCCAAACACACACACACACACACACACACUCUUUUUAUUAGUGACCCUUUUUCUGUCUUUGUCAACCAACUUUCUCUUGUUAUGUAGAAUUCUUGAUGCCCCAAAACCAAAAAAAAUCCAGUCUUUAUGGUAUAUGGACACACCCUUUUGGAUUUUCUACUGAUUUUGGCCUUCUUUUUACAGUAACAGAAGAGAAAGAAUGAUGCAGCAUUCUUCUGUUACUCAAGAACCCACUAACCCCUUUAGUUUAGUAUCUAAAAAAAGCCCUUUGUUAUUCAAUUACUCAAAUAGUAACUUCACUUUAGAUGCACAUUCAAGUUUGUUGUCUAAUUACUUGUAUUUUGAUUCUAGGGGAAAGAAAGAUUCUUGGAAUAUCAAGAAUAAGUCAAAGCCUGUAUGUUUAUUGAGUUUGAGUAGUAGUAGUAAGAGUGCUUCAUCAAGAAUUAGUAGAGGUAUUUUUCAGUUUAAUGAGGCUAUUAGAUUUCAUUGUGAGAAAAUCCCUCUUGGGUUUGCAUCAGUUGGUGGAGGUAUUCAUUGUGGAGAGAGUAAUGGGGUUGGGGAUGAGGGGAAUGUGGUAGAGAGUGAGGGGGUACCUAACAAUGGCGUUGAAUUGGAAAUGCCGAAAAAGGUGCUUAUUUUGAUGAGUGAUACUGGUGGGGGUCAUAGAGCCUCUGCUGAAGCUAUUAGGGCUGCGUUCAAUGAAGAAUUUGGCGAUAAAUAUCAGGUGUUUAUUACUGAUUUGUGGACAGAACAUACACCCUGGCCUUUCAACCAAUUGCCACGGAGUUACAAUUUCUUAGUGAAACAUGGCUCUCUGUGGAGAAUGACAUAUUAUGCUACUGCUCCCCGUGUAGUUCAUCAGACUAAUUUUGCUGCUACAUCUACUUUUAUUGCUCGUGAGGUUGCUAAAGGCUUAAUGAAAUAUCAACCUGAUAUUAUUAUCAGCGUUCAUCCUCUAAUGCAGCAUGUGCCUCUUCGCAUUUUGAGGUCCAAAGGUCUCUUGAAGAAGAUAAUAUUUACCACUGUCGUUACAGAUUUAAGCACUUGCCAUCCUACAUGGUUUCACAAACUUGUUACUAGGUGCUACUCUCCAUCAGAAGAGGUAGCAAAACGAGCACUGAAAGCUGGUCUCAAUCCAUCUCAAAUAAAAGUUUAUGGGCUUCCUGUACGACCGUCAUUUGUGAAGCCAGUUCCUCCCAAGGUUGAACUGAGGAAGGAACUUGGUAUGGAGCAUCAUCUCCCAGCCGUACUACUGAUGGGUGGUGGGGAAGGAAUGGGACCAAUAGAGGCUACUGCUCGAGCACUUGGAGAUGCAUUGUAUGAUGAAACUAUAGGGGAACCAAUCGGUCAGGUCCUAGUAAUAUGUGGGCGCAAUAAGAAGCUUUUCAACAGACUGAAUUCAGUGCACUGGAAAGUUCCUGUUCAGGUAAAGGGGUUUGUCACUAAAAUGGAGGAAUGCAUGGGUGCUUGUGAUUGCAUUAUUACUAAGGCUGGUCCAGGGACUAUUGCGGAAGCCAUGAUUCGUGGACUGCCUAUAAUUCUUAAUGGUUACAUUGCUGGACAGGAGGCUGGAAAUGUGCCAUAUGUUAUCGAGAAUGGAUGCGGGAAAUACUCAAAGUCGCCUAAAAAGAUAGCUAAUAUAGUUGCGCAGUGGUUUGGUCCCAGACAAGAUGAGCUCAGAAUGAUGUCCCAAAAUGCUCUAAGGCUAGCAAGACCAGAUGCUGUAUUUAAGAUAGUCCAUGACAUGCAUGAACUGGUCAGACAGAAAAAUUUUGUACCACAGUAUUGUCCUGCUUAAGCUAAUUACGUCAGUCAUCCGGUCGGAGUUGGCAGGCACCAGUGGAAUACAUACACUCUCUGUGUAGAAGUUGGCUCGGCUACCAAUAAUUGAAAAAUAAUUAUUAUUAUUUCAACUCAAUUUUGGCUUGAAUUCUUAUGUGAAUGUACCAUUGCCCUGUCAAA